CGUCCGAAAGAUUUGCCACGGCUGGUGGUAGAAGAACCUGAACCCCCAUUCUGCCCUUUGCUGGGACAAUCCAUCGGACAGCGCUGGCGCUAAGCUCACCUUCCGCCACCCCCGAUCACGGCAUCCUCAAGAUGAAGUAUUACCCUUCCCACCGGUCGCGGAGCCUGAGGUCGACGCGUUCGGUGCAUUUUCCCAACGAUGUCGUCUUCUUGGAUCACAUUCGGCAGAGUGACCUGGAGCAAGUUGGGAGGUUUAUACGUGCCAGGAAAGUGACGCUGGAUAAAAUCUACUUGACAGGCAUGGGUGCCCUGCACGAAGCCGUCCUCUCCGGGAAUCUGGAAUGCGUCAAGCUGUUGGUGAAAUACGGAGCGGACAUCGAGCAGAGAGAUGAAAAUGGCUGGACCCCCCUGCACAUGGCGUGUAGUGACGCACAUCCGCACAUCGCCAGGUAUCUUCUAUCCCUCGGAGCGCAAAAGGAUGUUGUGAACAGCGAAGGGGAGACGCCAUCCGAGCUCAUAGACUCUGACUGCGAGGAGUUAGUGCAGAUCUUCUCACCGAAGGAGGGCAACUGAUGAACCCUGUUAUGUUAGUGCCAACCCCGGCAGGGGUGCAUUUUUGACACGUGCUGCCCCCUGGUGGGAGACGGUGAGCACGCAGACUGCAGAGGUUUCUUCUUCUAGAGCUCUUGCCCACUUCGCCCAAAUCUCACCCUAAGCAGAUGCGUCUGCUUGGCGCCCCAUAGGACGGGACGG